CCACAAUUUUUUUCCCUCUCCUAAAUCUUCGCACGAUAAAGAGAGAAUUCGUUCGCAGUCAGAUCGGGAAGGAAGCGACCGGAGGAACUCUCCAGAGAGCGAGAGAGAGAGAAAGAGAUAGCAGAACGAGGAGGCGAGGAGACAAGGGGAUUUCUGUGGAUCUAGGGUAAGGGGUGCUCUGGAGCCCUUUUCUUCAGGAAAGGCUUGUGUUUCCAUCCCAGCUGAAGAUGGCAGAUUGGAACCGAACCGCGAUUGAAGACAUUGCUUUUGGUAAUAUUGGUGAGAACAACAACUGUAGAUUGUCUGAUGGAGGUAGCAUACAAGAGGAAGAGCCCCUAGAACCAGGCAACUUCAUUGUUACACAUCAAAGUACAGAGACCGAUAUUGGAAAUAAUGCAGGGAACAAAGUGCCAAAGAACCAAGAUUCCGUUUGGAAAAAAGAAGGGACAAUUAUUCGCCCUUCUCUUGAAAAUGAAAGCUUCAGUAUAGUGAAAGGGGAUUGUCAAGGGCCUAAUCUCAGACAAAACAAUACAGCUUCACAAAACAAGUUGUGCAGCUCAAGCAAUCCUAGUGCAAGUAGGAAUGCUAAGGAAGAAACGAAUAUUUGCCAAUUGUCAUUUGAGAAUAAUUGCUCAGUCCACUCCAAAAUUACUUUUUUUGCAAAUGAUGAUCAAGAAAAUGAUCUUCUGUAUUACGAUUGGUCAGAUAUCAGCAAUUUUGAGGACGUUGAUCAAAUGUUCAGAAAUUGUGAUCCCACAUUUGGACAAUGGAGCAAUACAGAUGGACCAUCAUGGAUGUCUUCCUCAAAUGAUAUGUUUGGUCCAGAAGAUACGUUGACAUCAGCCUUUGAAUCUUCAACUUUAGAAUUCAAAGAAUUGGAGAAAGCACCAGGAUAUUGUGAAAACACCCAACACUUGCAUGAUUGCAAAACACCGCAGGUUGAUACUCAUAAGCAAUCUUGUUUGACCCACCAGUCCUUCAAGUCAAACGCAGAACAGGCAUAUGAUGGUGGCGGAGAGGACGAGAAUAAAUCAUCUCUAACACCAUUUAGCACAAAUAAUUUGGAUGAACAUGAGCCAGAGAUCAACAUCCAAACCCAGCAACUAAAUAGACAAUUCUCAUCUGAUGUGAAAGGAAAAGGUCUUGCAACUUAUCCUGUGCAGCUUCAUUCAAAGCAAGAUUGUUUUGCAAAAUCAAAUUCUUCAAGUUUCACGCAGUCCUUAGAUCCUGAUUUUCAUGUGGACAACAAACUUCUGUACCAGGAUCUUCUUUUGCGGACAACGUCCAGUACAAUAACUAACUGUGAACAAGAUAUUUCCUCGUCACUUGAAGUCUCAGCCCCUGUUGGCAAUAACACUUUCCAUGGAAUGGGGAAAGUACCCUGUCCUUUGUUAAAUAAUUCUGUCAUGAAACUGGAAGAAAUGGCGGGCAGACCACACAUAGGACCACCAGAUCUGGGUAAUUCAGUUAGGAAACACUAUGAUAAUUUUGGACAAAACAUUCACAAUGACCAAGGAAAUAUGAACAUAGAGCUUCAUGGAACAGAUAUGGACUCUGGAGUUGGGAAGAGCCCAUUCAUGGCUUCAGUUUUAUCAGAUGAUAUUUCUAUUAAAAUUAUCAGAUUCCAGCAGCUUCAGGGUGCCAUAGGUCAGUUGGAUAUUAGAACAAAGCUCUGUAUAAGAGACAGCCUAUACCGAUUGGCCAGGAGUGCAGAACAGAGACACAAAUUCGAUGCUGCAAAUGCUCAAGGUGCAGAUUUUAGAACAGGAAUUUAUGGUACAGGAACAUCAAGCAGGUCUGUCGAAUAUAUGGACAUAGAAACUGAGACGAAUCCCAUUGAUCGGUCUGUGGCGCACCUGCUUUUCCAUAAGGCACCCGAGAGUGUGAUGAGAACAAUUGAUGAUUCUACAUCAUUCGAGGCUGGCAUGAUGUGAUUCACAAUUGUGAUAGUAAGGCUGGGCUGGCGGUGGCAGCAUGACCAUCAGUCGACAGGAAGAAAGCUUCAGCUAAAGCUUUGACCUCCAUGGGCACAGGAGGUUUCCUGGCUCAAAUAUUGUAGAUAUCGAGUGGUAAAACCUUAUUGACAGAUCUCUAUGCUGUUAUUUUGGAUUACAGUCAUUGUCCAAUUUUAUUUUUGAGCUACAAUAACAGUUUGAUGCUCACACAGAUGUUAAUGCCAUUUAUAUACUGUUGAAUGAUCUCCGUGAGCGGUCAUGAUUCAGGUACCAUCACGUAUGUGUGCGGUGUGUGGCAGUAAGUAUUCAUUAUGUGGUUCGAGCUUUUAUGUUCAAAGCAAUAGAACACAAAAAUGCUUAGCAUUUUGAAUUA